AUGCAAACAUCCCAGAAACCUCGAAGCUCAGGAGCUGCCAUUCACCAGUUGUAUCACCAAUCAGACCAGAUCGAACCCUUCCGUUUAACCGGCUCCCCUUUCCAAAUCUUGAACAACAAUGGCUACCCCGGUGACACCCUCACCAGCCGCCACCAAGAAACCGCCAUUGUUUCCGGCAACGCCUUCAACGACCAAUUCUUCACGUUGGAAUCAUCACCAGCCCUAGAAAUCUACAAUUCACCAUUCACCAGCGUCUCAUCAAACACCAGGAGCCCAUUUUCCCCACAAGGCUCUUCCCAAUCAUGCGUAUCCAAUCUCCACAACUCAUCACCGGAAAACACAUACGGGUCACCCAUCAGCAAUGAGCAAUUUAUAAGAGAUGUGGCAAUGGAACUACUUGGAGAAUCCGAUUUCGAAGAUGGGUCAAUCACAAGCUCAUUUCAAAACGUCAAUAAGAACAAUAAAUUGCUCCAAAUUGGAAUUUCAAAUCUUGAUUUGAAACAAACCCUCAUCUUAUGUGCUCAAUCGAUGGAUGAUGAUGGAGCUAAAGAAAUCACCGAAACUCUCAUGGAACAUAUUCAAACCAAAGUUUCAGUAACCGGUGACCCGAUUCAACGAUUAGGUGCCUACAUGCUCGAAGGCCUUCGCGCCCGAAAACUCUCCUCGGGAUCCGCAAUUUACAAAAAACUAAAAUGCUACGAACCAAGCCCAAAAGAUCUCAUGUCCUACAUGUCAACCCUCUACGAAAUCUGCCCGUAUUACAAAUUCGCGUACACAUCAGCAAACGUUGUCAUCAAAGAAGCAUUCCAAUACGAAAACCAUGUCCACGUCAUCGACUUCUUAAUCGCACAAGGCAGUCAAUGGGUCCAACUCAUUAAAGACCUGGCUCGGCGGCCUGGCGGACCGCCGAGCCUACGAGUCACCGGCAUUGACGACGGUGACUCGUCUUAUGCGCGAGCCGGCGGACUCGACAAGGUCGGCCAACGGCUCGCGCAGGUCGCAGUGGAGAAUGGGGUUCCGUUCGAAUUCCAUGCGGCUGCAAUAUCAGGAAGUGAGGUUAAUUGGGGGAACCUUAGGGUUCGCCCAGGUGAAGCCCUAGCGGUUAACUUUCCUUACAUGUUGCACCAUAUGCCGGAUGAGUCGGUUAGCACGGUUAACCAUCGUGACCGGUUGAUACGGUUGGUUAAAAGUUUGUCUCCAAAAGUUGUUACGCUUCUCGAACAAGAAUCGAACACGAAUACUUCCUCGUUUUCAAAACGGUUUAAAGAGGCUCUUGAUUAUUACACGGCUAUGUUUGAGUCGAUUGAUGCGAAGCUACCGAAGAACAUUGAGUUACCACGGGGCGACAGGCGGAGGAUUAGUGCGGAGGAGAAUUGUGUGGCUCGUGAUAUGGUGAAUAUAGUGGCGUGUGAGGAUACGGACCGGGUGGAAAGACAUGAGCCGUUGGCUAAGUGGCGGUUUCGGUUUCAGGCGGCUGGGUUCACGGCUAGCCCGGUUAGCCAUGCGGUGGUUCAAGCGGUUCAAGGGGUUUUGAGUGAGUAUAGUGAGGGGUAUAGGCUUGGUGAGAGAGAUGGUGCUCUUGUUCUUGGGUGGAAGAAUCAGCCGAUGGUAACUUGUUCUGCUUGGAGGUGA